AAGAGAGAAAAAAGUGAUUUCCCAAAGCUGUCAAAACCCUAAACUCGACCUUCAACAACAACUGAUCAAGGAUGUCUAUUCCGAGUAAGAAAGCCUCUAUUCCAUUGACCAAAUCAAAGGAUGAAAAGGUGUUCCUUUGCCGUCUUGUGGAAGGAAGAAAUCAGAAUGGUGUUCUGAAAAUUCCCUCUGCAUUUGCUGCCUUUUUUGCUUCACUGAACUCGAAUAUUGUUGGCCUGCAUUUAUCUUUUAAUAAGACAUGGCUUGGUCGUUACGUUAGUGAAUCUGAAACAAUUGAAGGAAUCGAGAGUUUAAUGGAGUACUUUGAUGUGAAUCCUUGCUAUUCGUUUUCACUUGAGUAUAUUGGUGGUACUGAAUUCAAAGUUGAGAUCUUUAGUGAGUAUGCUGUUGAAAUCGAGUACUCACGUCGAAUCAUGAGAGGCGUUGAUAGGGAUCCGGUGUUUCAUCAGAGUGAAUUAGACAAAGAUAAAAUUAGAUCAGCUUACUCCUAUAGCUCUGCAUGUGAGUUUGAAAGGGAAUUUGACUUUGUCAUCACUGACAAACAUUUGGAGCGCAAAAGAUGGAUCAAGGUUCUGCCAAAGGACGAAGCAUUGGACGUUGGUUUGGAUCCCGAAAUGAAAUGGUUUCAUCUGGGAUUUCAGAAAAUCACAUGGAGAAUUCAUUUGAAGUGGACUGAAGAUGAAAUUUUAUUUGACAGUGAGUGGAAUGAGUUAACAAAAGCAUGUAAGUUGGCUGUGGGCGACAGAUGUGUCUUCAUAUGUACAUUCUCCUGUCAAAGGUUCAAGCUAGCUGUGUUCCACAAAGAUCAGGCGAUGAAUACUUACAAACACGGUGCGGAGGAAGGGAAGGGUUAUCUGAAAUGGUUCAAAGUUUUGCACUGGAUGAAUUUGCUCACUGGAGAAGUGGUAAACAAUCAAACAAUAUAG